AUGGCAUCAGAAAACCAUAAUUCCGACCCAAUGUACCAGAAAAUCGACCCACAACCAACCCCAUUACCCUCGUCAUCAAACCCAAAUCAACCAGACGUCGAAAUGAAUGACGUAUCCGGUAAUCUCUUCCCCGACUCUCCUGAUCAUGCAAAUUCACCGUCACACGAAUCAGUUAAUGAAGAAACUAUGAUUACUGUUCCUGGGGCAAUCCUGCAUUUGAUAGAUACAAAUCGUAGUGUGGAAUUAGCAAUGGGUCAUUACUCGAUGGUGCAAUUACGUCAAGGUGAGAACGUGAUCGCUAUUCUUGCUCGUGUGGGUGAUGAGGUUGUAUGGCCGUUAGCUAGAGACGUGGUUUGUGUUAAGUUAGAUAAUUGCCAUUACUUUUUCUCAAUACGUGCUCCAAAAGAGAACGAAAAAGAUGAUCAUGAUGAUGAUGAUGAUGAGGAUCAUGAUAUGUUGAAUUACGGGUUAACAAUUGCUUCAAAAGGACAAGAGACGUUGUUGAGAGAUUUGGAUAAGUUGUUGGAGAAGUACACUAGUUUUUCGGUGGAGAAAGUGGAUGAGAGUAAAGGAGCUUUGGAUGUUACAAUGGCGGCAAGGAUAAGUCCUUUUGAGUUGAUGUCGGGUUCUAUGAAGGAAAAGAUGGAGCAGGGUUGUAGUGCUUAUUGGACGACAUUGGCCCCAAAUGUUGAGGAUUAUAGUGGGACCGCUGCAAAAUUGAUUGCUGUGGGUUCAGGACAUCUUGUUAAGGGGAUUCUAUGGUGUGGUGAUGUUACUGUGGAUGGCUUAAACCGGGGUGAGAUGGUUUUGAAGACGAAAAUGAGUCGUGGUCGUGAAAGGGAAGUUAGUCCUAAAACUUUAAAGAGAAUAAAAAGGGUCAAGAAGAUGACAAAGAUGACAGAAAAAGUUGCAGGGGGGGUUCUUUCUGGUGUUCUGAAGGUUUCUGGAUACUUCUCAAGCUCUGUUGCUAACUCUAAACUUGGCAAGAAGUUCUUCAAACUUUUGCCUGGAGAAAUGGCACUUGCCACUAUAGAUGGAUUUAGCAAGGUUUGUGAAGCAUUUGAAGUUUCUGGAAAGAACGUGAUGACAACUUCGUCUACUGUCACAACUGAACUGGUAGCCCACAAAUAUGGAGAACAAACAGCCAGGGCAACAAAUGAAGGCCUAGAUGCAGCAGGUCAUGCUAUAGGAGCAGCAUGGACAGUUUUUAAAAUUAGAACAGCGGUGAAUCCGAGAAGUAUUAUAGCACCUUCUGCACUCACAAAAUCUGGUCUGCACAAGGCAACUGAAGAGAUGAGAAAUAAAGCUCUUAAAGAAAUACAAGCAAAAGAAGCAUCUAAAAGAUCGCCAAAAAAAUCAAAAUGUAGAAGGUGCGUUCUUUGCUCUAUUCUCUAAUUGCUAGCUGAUAGGUUCAUUUUUCUAUUACGUACACUUUUCAUAUUUAUUCAUUGUAGAUGAAACUAAGUUGUAAAUAG